AUGUCUAACGGAGAAACUUAUGAGUUCCAAGCUGAGAUUACUCAGUUGAUGAGUUUGAUCAUCAACACUGUCUACUCCAACAAGGAGAUCUUCUUGAGAGAAUUGAUCUCGAACGCGUCCGAUGCUUUGGACAAGAUCAGAUACCAGGCUCUUUCGGACCCCAAGCAAUUGGAGACUGAACCAGAGCUAUUCAUCAGAAUCACCCCAAGACCUGAGGAAAAGGUUUUGGAAAUCAGAGACUCUGGUAUCGGUAUGACCAAGGCCGACCUGAUCAACAACCUGGGUACGAUCGCCAAGUCUGGUACCAAGGCGUUUAUGGAGGCCCUAUCGGCUGGUGCCGAUGUUUCAAUGAUUGGUCAAUUCGGUGUUGGUUUCUACUCGCUGUUUUUGGUGGCCGACAAAGUGCAGGUCAUUUCUAAACACAAUGACGACGACCAGUACAUCUGGGAGUCCAACGCUGGCGGUUCUUUCACUGUGACCCUCGACGAGCAAAACGAAAGAUUGGGCAGAGGCUCUGUUCUAAGACUUUUCCUAAAGGAUGACCAACUUGAGUACCUGGAGGAGAAGAGAAUCAAGGAGGUUGUCAAGAGACACUCCGAGUUCGUCGCCUACCCAAUCCAGCUGGUUGUUACCAAGGAGAUUGAGAAGGACGUUCCAGUCGCUGAGGAGGAGAAGACUGAAGAAAAGUCUGAGGACGACAAGAAGCCAAAGCUGGAAGAAGUUGACGAGGACGAGGAGGGCGAGAAGAAGUCCGACACCAAGAAGGUCAAGGAGACUGUUAAGGAGCUAGAAGAGCUGAACAAGACCAAGCCUUUGUGGACUAGAAACCCAUCCGAGGUCACCCAAGAAGAGUACAACGCUUUCUACAAGUCCAUUUCUAACGACUGGGAAGACCCACUAGCGGUCAAGCACUUCUCCGUGGAGGGUCAGCUAGAGUUCAGAGCCAUUCUCUUUGUGCCAAAGAGAGCUCCUAUGGACUUGUUCGAGUCUAAGAAGAAGAAGAACAACAUCAAGCUGUACGUCCGUCGUGUCUUCAUCACUGAUGAGGCUGAGGAGCUCAUCCCAGAGUGGUUGAGCUUCGUUAGAGGUGUUGUCGACUCUGAGGACUUGCCAUUGAACUUGUCCAGAGAAAUGCUACAACAGAACAAGAUCAUGAAGGUGAUCAGAAAGAACAUCGUCAAGAAGUUGAUUGAAACCUUCAACGAGAUUGCUGAGGACUCUGAGCAAUUCGACAAGUUCUACUCUGCCUUCUCCAAGAACCUGAAGUUGGGUAUUCACGAGGACACUCAAAACAGAACUGCAUUGGCUAAGCUGUUGCGUUACAACUCUACUAAGUCUGUUGAUGAGAUGACUUCUCUGACUGACUACAUCACUAGAAUGCCAGAGCACCAGAAGAACAUCUACUUUAUCACUGGUGAGUCUUUGAAGGCUGUUGAGAAGUCUCCAUUCUUGGACGCUUUGAAGGCUAAGAACUUUGAAGUCCUAUUCUUGGUUGACCCUAUCGACGAAUACGCCUUCACUCAGCUGAAGGAGUUUGAGGGUAAGCCACUAGUGGACAUCACCAAGGACUUCGAGCUAGAAGAGACUGAGGAGGAGAAGGCUGAGAGAGAGAAGGAGGCCAAGGAGUUCGAGAAGUUGGCUGAAGCCUUGAAGGAGGUUUUGGGCGAGCGUGUCGAGAAAGUCGUCGUCUCCCACAAGUUGGUUGACGCUCCUGCCGCCAUCAGAACUGGUCAAUUCGGCUGGUCUGCUAACAUGGAGAGAAUCAUGAAGGCCCAGGCCUUGAGAGACUCUUCUAUGUCAUCUUACAUGUCUUCUAAGAAGAUCUUCGAGAUUUCUCCUAAGUCCCCUAUCAUCAAGGAGCUGAAGAAGAGAGUUGAGGACAACGGCGCUCAGGACAGAACUGUCAAGGACUUGACCAACCUGUUGUACGAGACUGCUUUGUUGACCUCUGGCUUCACCUUGGAGGAGCCAGCCUCCUUCGCCACAAGAAUCAACAGACUGAUUUCUUUGGGUUUGAACAUCGAUGAAGAUGAGGAGGAAGCCGCUCCUGAGGCCUCUACUUCCGCUCCAGUUGAGGAGGUCCCAGCUGAAACCGAAAUGGAAGAGGUGGACUAA